AGAUGUUGCCACCCUUCCACAAAAUAGAUUUCAAUAAGAUUACAUCUAGGGUUUGAGCAACCAUAAAACUACGAUUCUUUAAUUCAAAUACAAGCUCUUCCUCCUCUUUGAAAGUGACCUCGCGGACUCGGGAGGCUUCGGCUGCCGUGACUUUUGCAACCAUGUGGUCGACGAAUGUCUAUGCGUCCUAGAUGCGGGAUACCGCCACAUUUUUUAAGGCCGGCAUGAGUGCGACUUCCGUUUUUUGCUCAAGAUCGACAUAUCAACGGUUGUUAUGCCGAUUGACCCGAUAUGCGACUCUGUUAGAGUCGUUCUAGGGUCGGGGUCAUCUCUAACCAAACUCCUACUCCCUCUGUCUCAUAACGUAAGAGUAUUUUUGACACCAGUGUAGUGUUAUAAAACGUUUCAUAUUAUGGGACGGAGGGAGUAGAAUUUAACUUGAGGAGUUAAAAUAACUUGAACCUAACGGAACUCCUAAACUUAUAACUCUUUAAAAAAAGAUUGCACACAAAUUCACUUAAAAACCAAAUUUAAACUACUUAAACCAAAGACGCCGUAGGAUUAUUAUUUUGUAUUGAGUUUUAAAUUUACACAUUUUUUAGGGGUAUUUUAAAUUUACACAUGGAGGGAGAUCAAAUCAUCUAUUUUUUUAGACAAGGUCAAAUCAUCAUCUUUUUUUUUGAGAAAAGGUCAAAUCAUCUUUUUUUUUGAGACAAUGGUCAAAUCAUCUAAAACCGUAAGCUCCCUUGAAAAGGAGCCCUCCUCAUUGAUCUGGGCCCUGUGGCCUGCGUCGUCGUGGGCCCUACCUGUAUGUAUGUGUGGCCUGGUGGCCUCUUCGGCGGAGAGGUACCUAGCGAUCUCGGGCCCUCUCCCCAACCUCAACCGCACCUCAAAAAAUAAAGUAAAAAAACGUGUGUCCGCUGGCAGGUGGACCCGCCUAUGGCUCGCUGGCCCGUCCUUCGUUCGGUUUCAGCCGCCCUCUGCAUGCAGUAGACCAAAAUUUGGUCCAAUGCAAAAUGUAACUCAAACAAAGGCACUGGAGUAGAAAUCUUACCUACAAAACCGGGCUCUGUUUCUUGGGACAUAAUUUUCAGACAAUCUGUCGAGGUGGGUGGCGAAGAAAAAAUAUGCCAUAAGCUGUCAAAGGGAUAAUGUUCUACUAGAUGUGUGAUUCAGUAAGUUGAGGACAAGAGAAAAAUCCUAUCAUUUGUAAAGCUGCCAGCCAAAGGAAGAUGUUCUAGCAGGUGUCUAUGUUCAGUUUCAGUUAGUGAAACGAGUCAUUUUUUAACAUGAAGCUCUGAACUUGUCUUAAGUAUUUGCUGUAACAUGAUUACAUGAAGUAUGCAAGUGUAAGCGUUUGUUAUCGUCCCCGUGUGAGUUAAGCUUUGUCAAACAUUUUUCUUUGAAUCAUAUACAUAUUUAUCCACACUGUGGUAUGAUCUCCAUUCUUCUCUUUGUCAAACAUCCGUGUGCUCUCGAGGUCUGUCCAAAAACAGCUGAAUCCUGUGCUGAUGUAUGUUGCUGGGUUGCCGGCUGUUGGCAUAGUUGAUGUAUAGCGGCCUGCUCCGACCAAAUACUUGUAACACCUUUCCUCUUAUAAAUGAAAAAGAGAAGCUGCUCUGACAGCGUUUCGUCAAAAAAAAAAAACAUCCGUGUGCUAUCUGUUUUGAGCCCCUCUUUUUUUUCCCAUGCAGAUCUAUGCAUGGAUAGGAUGCAACAGCUCGGCAAAGUUUGGCCAUUUAUAUGCUGCUGCAGCCACUCGGCCGGGUAAUGGAGUGAGCGUCACAUCUGUGCUUGGCGGAACAUCUGAUAACACUGGAUCAAGCAUGGCACGCCGCUUAGUGCUGAAGACAGGUCUAAAUAUAAUUUUAGCAUGUAACAUUCCGAAAGACAGCCCCAUGCUUGAGGCUGCUGCAGAGAGGAAACUUGUAGAGAAGCUGAGAAGUUUAGGCUAUAUCAGAUCCAUAACAGGAGAGGCUAACGCUCACGCUGAUGGAUACUUGUGAACUGUCAAGUCCCUCCUAGAGAAAGUCACUACCCUUAUGUGUUUGAAACAUUUCGAAUGAUUACGAAAGCUCAGCAGGGACUUACUGAGUGUAGGCAUGAUGAUCUGAAUUUUUUGUGCGCGACUAGGAACUGUCUCAUGUUCACAGAAUUAUCAAGCAUGUGGCAAAUAUCGCAUCCGGCAUGUUUUAUAUAUCUGCAUGUUCACAGAAUUUAUGCGUGAUCGACUAUUUCGGUGUCUCACCUGUGGAACCCUGCAUUGAGGCAUUUGUUGCUCACAGAAAUGAACUUUGCUGGUCU